AUACCAAAACAAGAAACAGUUUGCUGGUGAUUACUGACCGGAUGGUCAAAACAAGUGGAUUUUCUCGUCGUAGCCAACUGUUAUCACAAUGUCUCAUGACCCGUGGUUACAGAAUUAUGACGCCACUUGUCGCCUGGCGCAGGAAACGGCAGAAAACAUUCAGGAGCGCAACAGGCAGCAGAGAACAGGGGGGAACCCUGCAAAGAUCAACAUGACACUGCGGGCAUCCUUGCAAAAGCUCAAGCAGAAUAUUGCCCAACUUAAAGAGGGGUUGUUGCGAGCAUCAUCAAGCCAGCGCCUAAUGCAGUCCGAAGCUGAUAGGAGGCAGAACCUUAUCGACGACCUGCUAACCAGAGAGAAGCAGCUCAAUGCCACUUUCAAGGGAGACUUCGUGGAGCCUGAAUCUUCCAGGUCGACGUUGAUGGCCCCCGGGGCGGGAACGAGCGGAGGCGUUGCGGCCAACCCCUGGCUGGUCAACGAAUCGGAGGAGACCCAAGGGCUGACCUUCGGAGAGAUCAAGCAGCAGCAACAACGAAUCAUCGAAGUCCAGGAUGCGGGCUUGGAUGCGAUAGCAGCCGUCAUCAACAGACAGAAGAUAAUGGGCCGGGACAUCGGCAACGAGCUGGACGAACAGAACGAAAUCAUUGACGACCUCGCGCAUCUUGUGGACAAGACGGACGACCGGAUUCAUAACGAGACCCGAAGGGUGAAGCUUGUGGAGACGAAGUCCGCCUCCUGCGGGAUGCUGGUGGUGAUCGUGCUGCUCCUCAUAGCCAUCGUCGUGAUCGCCUCGUGGCCCGUGUAGCUGACGAGGACCUGCGUCAACCACGCCCACGUCGACAGUUUGAGACCUUUUUGCGUCACGUACAGCCAUUUAAACACUGAAGACUUUUUAUUAUUAUUGAAUAUAUCGCUUGUUCUAUUUAACCCUUGUGUUGCCUAUUUAACCCUCCUGUCGCCUUCGGGUCAAUUUGACCCGAUUCAAUGUUUAAUGUCGGUGUUCUUUCGGGAGUCAACAAACAAACAUAAAGUACCUCACACUUAAACUUGGAAAACAAUAUUAAUUCUAAUAAUUUUCUGGAGAUUUUAAUAGCUGGGGUCAUAUUGACCUCAAGGGUAAAAUAUGUUAGUAAAUAUAAAGGUAACAGGAGGGUUAAACAUUGAAUCGGGUCAAAUUGACCCGAAGGCAACACAAGGGUUAAGUUGUUUAAGUGUCUGUCUCACUAAUUUUUGCAAUGUAUCAAAUGGUUAAAUUAUUUGUGGGGUUUGUCAGCACAAUGAAAACCUGUCUCUCUCUCUCUCUCUCGUAAAUGUACCCAAUGUGUUGCUGUAGCAGCUGCAAUGUUGCCAUUAGUCUUGGGAUUUUAUAACGUUCAGCCGAACGGCUCGGCCGCGCAUCCGAAGCGCCCGUUUUUCCUUCCUUGUAAAUCAACUCUCCUUGUAAUUUCUAAUAAAUGUCAUUUCCAGUUAA